ACGUGCAUCCAAGUCUUCUUCGAAACUGUGAUCAAAUCUCCAUCUUGCAAGUUCCGUCUUCCUCGGGAAAACCCAAAUACAUAUUUUCGUUCCAUUUUUCUCAAUUGGAAAACAAUGGAUUCAAGCAGAGGUCCAAAAACACUGACUCCAGAUUUCUACCAAAACGUCGUCGUAAUGAGACACGGCGAUCGCAUGGAUAACUUCGAGCCCUUAUGGGUAUCCACCGCGCCCCGACCCUGGGACCCACCCCUCGUCCAACAGGGUCGGGUUCGGGCCUUCUGCACGGGUCGUAAGUUCCGUAACAACCUCCAAUUCCCCAUCCACCGUGUCUUUGUCUCACCCUUCCUCCGCUGCGUCCAAACCGCCGCCGAAGUCGUCACCGCCCUCUCCGCCGUCGCCGACGACCCCAACGUCGAAAUCGGCGACGCCGUUAGCAUCGAUGCUUCUAAAUUAAAGGUCUCUGUUGAAUAUGGGUUAUGUGAGAUGAUGAGCAGAGGGGCAAUCAGGCUUGAAGUGGCUCCUAAAGAUGGAAACUGGGGUUUUGAUAUAUCAGAGCGUGAGGCCAUGCUUCCAGUAGGGACAGUGGAUAAGAAUGUAGAAAGGGUCUAUAAAGAGUUGCCUAAGUGGGAAGAGCCAAUUUUGCACACAAAGGCUAGAUAUGAGCAAAUAGUUAAAGACCUUGCAGAUAAAUAUCAUAAUGAGAACCUGCUGCUUGUCACACACGGGGAAGGAGUUGGGGUGGCUCUUUCUUCAUUCAACAAGGGUGCUACAGUAUAUGAAGUUGAUUACUGUGGAUAUGUUGAACUUAGACGCCCAAUUUUCAAGAAAGAUCAGUCAUUUACUGCAGGAGAAUUUGAAGUUAAUGAUCAAACUGGUGUAAAUUUUAUUACAAGUGAGCAAUGACAGCAGUUGAGCUUAUUAAUGGCCAUCCAUAUGGCUGAGGCUUGAUUCUCUCUUAUUACUCUGCCUGCUUCACAUUUGAGUCCUCCAAAGUCCAAAAGACUAGUCUAUUGUGAAUGAUUGAUAUAGCGGAAAAAUUUAAACACCAUUAUUCUUCAAUCAGGAUACUUGCCUUGAUUGAGUAGUAAAAUAGGAGGAAAAAUAGUGAUAGGGCCUUACUCUUCAGUAUUUUUCCAGGAAAGUGAAAAAGAUGCAUUGCAUAUACAAAUUUAUCAAAAAUUUGGUUUAUGACAGAACUCAGGUGAUGAAUGAUAUAUUAGGCAAUUGUUCUUGUU